CUUGGCUGCGGACUACAUCUCCCAGCAGGGACGAGAGCUCUUUCCUCAAUGUUGUGAAUAUGUAUCAGAAUGUUAAUGAUUUGCUGCUGCUAAAUUUGGUCAUAGAAGUCACCUACACAGAGCGUGUUGUGGGAGCAGCCGCGAGUGGUGCUAGCCUGAUCGGUGCGGGGAUCCUCUGGCUCCGAGUCGCCGCUUUCUCUUCCCCCCUCCUCUAGAGAAGUGUGAGUGUGUGUGGCUGUGUACGCGGGCAGCGAGGAGAGGGCGAUAUCACUCGCUUGGAUUUAAGGGCUGGAAAGAGCAGACGAGGCAACAUCAACAACACACAGCGGACACUCCGGGAGCAGCCACUCGCCCGGGGAUCACAGCAGGGGACCGGGGAGAUCUCUCCUCCAGCGCUCCCUUCAUUCCCUCCGACUCAUCAGAAAGUUGUAUAGAAGACAGCAGCUGCUUUGUUACCCGGGAGGCUGCCCGUGUGCGGCCGCCGCUGCCGGUGUGUGCUACUCUCGCCUGGGGAUCUAGCUGUGAUCGUGCUACACUACUCUCGCCAUCGCUGUGUGAUUUGUUGUUUCCUUCCACCCUGUGUGGAGUGAGGGUGUCACGGAGCAUCGCACCCCUGUCCUGGGUGCAGACAAUGAGAGCGGGGUCGUCACAAUAACCGAUCCAGUUGCCCCCCUCAUCCUCCUCCUUCUUUCCCCCGUGGAAUGUGGAAGGUUUCGCUCCGGGGAUCAGAGAUACCCUCCGGCUGGGCAGCAGCAUUAGCAUUGCUAUUAGCAGAGGGACCCCGGGGGCAGCAGUGUCAUUAGCUGGAUCACACGCACCCCCUCCCUCCCCUCUCUGCACUCCCUCCUCCCUUCCUGCUCGCAGGGGGAACCCCCCUCUCCUCUCCGGCAAUUAGUCAAUGAACCUUCGUGCUCCUGGGAGAGGCACCUAACAAGCGGUUUGGAUGAUUCGAGACCUGAGCAAGAUGUAUCCCCAGUCCAGGCACCCGGCUCCGCAUCAGCCAGCUCAGCCCUUCAAAUUCACCAUAUCCGAAUCGUGUGAUCGGAUUAAGGAGGAGUUUCAGUUUUUACAAGCUCAGUACCACAGCCUGAAACUGGAAUGUGAAAAACUGGCCAGCGAGAAGACAGAGAUGCAGCGACAUUAUGUUAUGUACUAUGAAAUGUCGUAUGGGUUGAAUAUUGAGAUGCAUAAACAGGCUGAAAUUGUCAAAAGACUGAACGCUAUCUGUGCACAAGUCAUUCCCUUUUUGUCCCAAGAGCACCAGCAACAAGUGGUACAGGCUGUGGAGCGUGCCAAACAAGUGACCAUGGCAGAGCUGAAUGCAAUCAUUGGGCAGCAACAACUCCAGGCUCAGCAUUUAUCUCACGGGCACGGUCUCCCAGUGCCCCUGACGCCACAUCCUUCCGGACUGCAGCCACCCACUAUCCCACCAAUCAGCAGCAGCGCGGGAUUGCUGGCUCUUUCCAGCGCCCUCUCCGGACAGUCUCAUCUUUCAAUUAAGGAUGAAAAAAAGCACCAUGACAGUGACCAUCAAAGAGACAGAGAUUCCAUUAAGAGCUCGUCUGUGUCUCCAUCUGCAAGUUUCAGAGCAGCAGAAAAACACAGAAAUUCAGCAGAUUAUUCUUCAGACAGCAAAAAGCAAAAGACUGAAGAAAAAGAGAUAGCAACUCGUUACGACAGUGAUGGUGAAAAAAGUGAUGAUAACCUGGUGGUGGAUGUUUCCAAUGAGGACCCUUCUUCGCCCAGAGGUAGUCCGGCACAUUCGCCAAGGGAGAACGGUUUGGAUAAAGCCCGACUUUUAAAGAAGGAUCCUCCAAUCAGUCCAGCCUCCAUUGCAUCAUCAAGCAGCACUCCUUCUUCAAAGUCCAAAGAACACAGCCUUAAUGAGAAGUCUACAACUCCGGUUUCAAAAUCUAACACACCUACUCCAAGAACUGAUGCCCCCACACCCGGAAGUAAUUCGACUGGACUGCGGCCUGUGCCUGGCAAACCUCCAGGAGUCGACCCAUUAACAGGUCUGAGAACUCCCAUGGCAGUUCCUUGUCCUUAUCCAACCCCAUUUGGUAUAGUUCCACAUACUGGAAUGAAUGGGGAGCUGACCAGUCCAGGAGCAGCUUAUGCCAGUCUUCACAACAUCUCUCCCCAGAUGAGUGCUGCCGCGGCAGCAGCUGCUGCUGCUGCAGCCUAUGGACGAUCCCCUGUGGUUGGCUUUGAUCCACAUCAUCACAUGCGAGUUCCAGGAAUUCCUCCAAAUCUGACCGGAAUCCCAGGCGGAAAACCUGCGUAUUCAUUCCAUGUAAGUGCCGAUGGCCAGAUGCAGCCUGUCCCUUUCCCUCCUGACGCACUGAUUGGCCCAGGAAUCCCAAGGCACGCACGACAGAUAAACACUCUAAAUCACGGAGAAGUGGUUUGCGCAGUUACCAUCAGCAACCCCACAAGACAUGUGUACACCGGUGGGAAGGGAUGUGUCAAAGUCUGGGACAUUAGUCACCCAGGGAAUAAAAGCCCCGUCUCCCAACUGGACUGCCUGAACAGAGAUAACUACAUCCGUUCCUGCAGAUUACUCCCUGAUGGGCGCACUCUGAUUGUUGGGGGGGAAGCCAGCACGUUAUCCAUAUGGGACCUGGCAGCUCCUACUCCACGUAUAAAAGCCGAGCUGACAUCAUCUGCUCCUGCCUGCUAUGCUCUGGCUAUAAGCCCUGAUUCCAAGGUCUGCUUCUCCUGCUGUAGUGAUGGCAACAUUGCAGUGUGGGACUUGCACAAUCAGACUCUUGUAAGGCAAUUCCAGGGCCACACAGAUGGAGCCAGCUGUAUUGACAUUUCCAAUGAUGGUACCAAGCUCUGGACAGGAGGUUUGGACAACACAGUGCGAUCUUGGGACCUGCGUGAAGGGCGACAGCUCCAACAACAUGACUUUACGUCACAGAUUUUCUCACUGGGAUAUUGCCCAACUGGUGAAUGGUUAGCGGUGGGCAUGGAGAACAGCAAUGUGGAGGUGUUGCAUGUCACCAAGCCAGACAAAUACCAGCUACAUCUUCAUGAAAGCUGUGUACUCUCCCUCAAGUUUGCCCAUUGUGGUAAAUGGUUUGUGAGCACUGGAAAGGACAACCUUCUUAAUGCAUGGAGAACACCCUAUGGAGCUAGUAUAUUCCAGUCCAAGGAAUCCUCAUCAGUGCUGAGCUGUGACAUCUCUGUGGAUGAUAAAUACAUUGUUACUGGAUCAGGGGACAAGAAGGCUACAGUCUAUGAAGUGAUUUAUUAGACACAAAUUCAGGCUGCCAAUGGGACGCUUACUAGUAGCACUUUUCUGUAAAAUAACUUCUUUUCGAACUAAGGGCCUGAAAUAUCCACUAUGAGACAUUCUUCUUUUUUUUUUUUUUUUUUUUUUUGCCAAAUGCGCUCCCGGGUUUCCCUAUUCGUUGUAUACGCUUACUAGGAACUUGAAACCAAAUUUUUCUGAUAAUGUGUGUGGAUGAUGCACCGAAAGCCUGAACUUAUACUAUACAUCGGACUGAAACGAUUGGAUUGUGUAUUAUAGUUGUAACAUAUUUAUUUUGUGUAAAGAAGACUUUCUAAAAAAAUAAAAAUAAAAAAAAUGAACUGACUUAAGAAAAGUGGCCUGUCCUGGCCGUGCAAAUGAAGACAAAGCCUAACUUCGCCCAAGCAAUGCAGCCUUUUCCCUCCUGGACACUUACAGAAUGUACAGUUUACAAUGGAUUUAUGUUGUACGCUGUCAUUGAUGGUUUACUGAAUGAGAUGUGCCACAACAAACCCAAAGGGAUCAUUUUUCACCAUCACCAUUGCUUCAUGGCAACCAAGAACGGAUGACAUACGAGGAGAUGCAAACGAAUGUAACCCCUCCGCAGAAAGGAUCUUCACUUCUUAACUUUUCUCUUUCCUGAACGUCCCAAAUCUGAGGCAAACUGAGCCGCCAUGCCUCAGAGUACUUUAACUUUUUAUGUCAUUGUUGCUGUUUAAUUAUUAUGUGAUUCUUUUGUAUUUUUACUUUGUUAUUUUAAAUGCUUUAAAGAUUCUUAAAGUCUGUGGAUCUGCUGAUGUACAGUGCCUUUGCUGCUAUGGAUCAAAAUCAAAAGGACGUUGUAGAUAAAUUUUACCGUAUAUGUAGAGAAUACUUAAUUUCCUACUAGAAAUCAAUACUGAAAGUUGGACUGUCUUACUGAAGUUGCAAAAUGUGAUAGCAAAAAAUGGUGUUUUAAGUACACAGUGUUUGAUGUCAUUAACAGUUUCGUAAUAAUCUACAGUGUAGAAAGAUUUUGAUACUAAAUUGUGUCAUUGUACAUACUGAUAUAACAUUGUUGACCAUAAGUACAUAUAUUAUACUAGAUUGUUUGUGCAUUCAGACUUUUAAGCAUUAAACUUAAGUAACUUCUA